AUGGACCCAAGCUCGCGCUACAAUGCGCCCAACUUCUUCAUCUUCCUCGUCCUCUUCUACAUCAUCUCCAAUACAAAUUCCGGGGACAGCGGCCUUUUGCUUGAAGAGACGGCCAGGAAGCUCGAGCAUGACAAAACAUAUCUCGGGCUGCUGAAGAAUGCCACUUACGAUAAACGCUUCCAAGUGCUGAACCACACAGUGACUAUUCAGCAGGCGCAUCUUGACGAAAUACCCAAUCUGGCCUUGGCCUAUGACUCUCACGAACAUCUGCCAUUCUACUUGAAUGCAAGCAGCAGCCUCAAAGGCUCGUGGCAUUCAACAUCGCAUGCUAAUACCACCGAGCCCUUCUUCUCUGGUGGCGGGAAGAUGAGUGCGAGCAUAGACGACCGUUUCAUCAAGACGGCCGGUGCCUCACGGGCCAGGGCCUCCUUCACUUUUACAUCUCGCAGCGGAUGGAGCACAAGAGAUCUUGAGCUGCAAGGCGUGCAUCAUCACGAAAGCGGCCUCCUCUUCCUCGCUAGUGACCACACUGAAGCAGGCGGCAUGUUUUAUGCCCCUAUGCUAGCCAAUGCAUCCACCUUCAACCUCACUCGAGAAGCAGCCGCGACAGUCUUGCAGACACGCAUCUCUGAGCAGAGACCCUAUGAUGGGGUUGAAUCAGAGUGCAACUACUUUGCAGCUUGCCAACUACACAGGACGCUUGGCACCCCACAAGCAUUACAGGUAGCAGAGGAAGAGUAUGCAUAUCACACGGGACGUGCAUAUCAAGUGCUUCCGCCAGUACAAAUGAGCUGUUUUGUCUUUUCCGAAGACUGUCAUGUCGAUGUGCAUCUUCAAUGCGACGGUCUGCGGGAAGUCUUGCUCAAUCGUCGAGCACACGACCACGCCAUCUUCUUCAUCCUUAUUGUUUUGGCACAAAUCGGCCUGACUACACGUCAAAUGCGGCAAACUGCUUCGCCCUCACAUCUCUGGCGCAUCUCAUUGUGGUCUAUUGGCUUGCAGUGUCUGCUGGAUGGUUACCAUGCCGUUGCUUACUUUGUCCUGGGAUUGACUCUUCCAGCACUCUUUAUUCCACUCAUGGCAGCAGCGUUUCUCUCCAUCAUGCUGAUGACGCUAUAUGGGCUGAGGUAUCUCCUCUUCAUCUAUCGCAUGCAUCGACAAUUGGUUGAAGUAGCGCCUACUCAGACUCCAGCAACUGAACCUACCCCAGAAGCUUCAGCAGAGACGCUUACCACUGGAGUAGAAACGCCUGCGCCUCUGACAGAGGCACAAAUUGAACGACGCGAUCUAUCGGCACUCUAUGUUCGCUUCUAUUUCGCCCUACUCGUCCUCCUUUUUGUCUCCCUUCAAAUCGCCUACCUACCACAACGGUUUCGCGACCUUAGUCUCAUCACGGGUCUUCUCCUCCUCAACUCCUACUGGCUUCCCCAAGUCUUUCGCCAUUUCAAGCGCGGUCAUCGCAAGAGUCUGUCAUUCACCUACGUCGGUGGUAUCUCCGCGUGCCGUAUGUCACUCGUGCUCUACCUCUUUUGCUACAACGGCAAUGUCUUUUUUCAGGAAGUCAAUGUCACUGCUGCACUUGGCAUUGCUAGCUGGGUAUGGCUACAAAUUAUGCUAUUGGGUGGACAAGCCCUGUUUGGACCACGCUUCAUGGUGCCAGCCAGUUGGAGUCGAUCGUUGCCCUCUGUGUAUGACUACCACGCCAUUCCUGCAGAAGAUGAAGAAUCCCUGCUUGCCGCACAGGGCAAUGAUGAAGCGACGUGUGCGAUUUGCAUGGCGUCGAUCGAUUUACCACACCGUACAGUUGUACCAGACACGUCCCCUGAGACUACAACAGCUGGAUUGCAUUUAUUGGCAGCUGGGGUUUGGCGACGUGGGUUUAUGCGAACACCAUGCAAACACUACUAUCACAGUGAUUGUUUGGAGACGUGGAUGCAACGACGCCUGCGAUGUCCAGUAUGUCGAGCAGUCUUGCCGCCAGCAUAAGACAGCACUAAAGUCAACAGGUCGUAGGUAGUAGGGCGGGAAUUUAAACAAUACGAACAAGUUUGUAAAGCGAAACGCAUAGCGAAGAGGUUAUAGACUAUUGCAUGAGAAAAAAAAGUCAUCAGUGUCGUGAAAAGGUCAUGAUCUCGUUAAGCAUC